ACUGUACGUGGCUAGCAGUUUCUUCUAAUAACUGAAUUCACAGUAGAAACUCUAAUAAGCGAGACGGCAGCUCGUUUUAAAAGACGGGAAACCUUUGUAACUUCCGGUUUGCUGUCACUCCGAAAUGGAAUUCGCCCUGAACGCAUCCGCACAAUGACGUCAUCAACUCGGUUCAAUCCUGUGUUUUGUUCGGUUUAGACAAAACCGAAACCAAGCUCUGUUAAACUACUAAUGUAGGAACACAUGAACUUGCACAGCUACACAGAUUUACCCUGAAUUGACUGACUCCUCUUCUAGACAGCUGGAUAGUGCUGAAAAAAUGAAUGGACAGGACACUGACCAGCCUGAGGACACUGACACAAGAGUGCAUAACCAACAGAAGGCGAAUAAGAAAGAUACAGCUGGAGUCAGAGGUCAAUCUGAUGCAGAACGAGAGGACCUUGACAAAUUAGAUGGGAAGUGCAUCAAAGGCAAGAAUGAAAACGAUGACGUGCCACAUGCUGGGGAGAGCCCAAGACUGAGGAGGUCCAAUGAGAAACAAAAAAUAGGUGGAGAUGCAGACAGUGGUAAUUCUGAAGAAGACGACGACGAAGAAGAAGAAGUAGAGUGUUACACUGAUGAUGAUGAAAGAAGUCAGGAGGAGGACUGUGGUGUUACCUCUUCAGAAAUAAACCAGAGUGUGAAGAGCCCACAAAAGAAACAUGUUAAACGACAGGACACUGAGCAGCCUGAGGACACUGACACAAGAGUGCAUAACCAACAGAAGGCGAAUAAGAAAGAUACAGCUGGAGUCAGAGGUCAAUCUGAUGCAGAACGAGAGGACCUUGACAAAUUAGAUGGGAAGUGCAUCAAAGGCAAGAAUGAAAGCGAUGACGUGCCACAUCCUGGGGAGGGCCCAAGACUGAGGAGGUCCAAUGAGAAACAAAAAAUAGCACAUCUGGGCGAAGGCGACGUGCGUGGCCAUGUUGAAACAAAAAAGAGCCCAACUGCUGCUGAUACUUCCAGAUGGUACAUAUCAUUUUUUCUGCUUGCUCUUGUGGGUGUGGUUGUGGUUCUGUGGUUUCUGAGUACCUCAUCUCCACCCUUGCAAAAACAGUUUAAUUUGCUGGAGGUGUUUUGUCAAGAAAUGGACAAGGUCAAAGCCAGUUUCCCCAGCCAGCAUCGUGAACUGUGGAGGAGAAGCAGGAUCCACCUCCAGAAACAUCUCAACCUGACUGAUCCAACUGAACCAGUGAGUCUCAUCCUAACUUCUGGUCGUGCUGCUGAGAAGACUCUGGGUUGUCUGGCUCACCAGUUAGCUGCGGCGUUUUCUAACGCUCUCAACUCCUCAGUCUUGGGUAUUGAUGGAUCUAGCAAAAGUGAAGAUGGCAGUGACCAGGUUAAGCUGGACAUUGAUAAAGCGCUGAAAGAGGCUUUUGAAGGUGGCACACAAGCAGCUGUUAUUCACCGUUUUGAAGAGCUUCCUCCUGGAUCUACACUCAUCUUCUACCGCUACUGUGAUCAUGAGAAUUCUGCCUUUAAGAAAGUCUUUUUGGCUUUCACUGUCAUGCUACAGAAAGAGAUGGAUUUCCCACCUAAUGUCAGUCUGGGACUGGUGGAGGAGGUAGUGCAAGAGUAUUUAACAGAGAAGUUUGUCUCCUCUGAAAAGACGGCUAAGUUUAACCAGAUGGAUUUAGACAAGCUAAGUGGGCUGUGGAGUAGAAUCUCCCAUCUCAUCCUACCGGUAACUGCAGAGCAGAAGAUUGAACAGCACGGCUGUCAAACAUAAAGGUGACUUUCUGUGAACUGAACUGGAGGCUUAUUAUAGUUAUUCUACAGAAAUGGUCGGGGGAAAUCUACAGGGAUCCACUGAUUCAUAGUUUCAACAUAGUCCUCUCUCUCUCUGUGUGUGUGUGUGUGUGAGUGAGAGAGUGUGUAUGUGUGAGGGAGGGUGUGUGCGACUGAUAAUACUUGAAUUAAUUUGAAAAUGCCUUAAGGUGGCAUAUUACAGUUUGUAUAGCUUGAAAUUAUAUAAGCUUGUGGAAUUUUUAAUGAUACAUUAGAAAAUCAGUCAUUUGGAAUAUUGCAAUGGAUCUGGCUAGUUUAAUCAUUUCUGGCUUCUGACUACAUUUUUCUACACAAUCUCCUUUUCCCUGAAAGGCAACUCAGAGGGCAUAUGAAGUUUCAACAGUGGGUGGUGUUAGGAGCAUGUGGAAGGCUGUUUUCUUUGCAGUUGCACUUCACCUUGCAGGCAGAAGUGAGCUCAACAAAUAACAAACUGCACCUUCAAGUCUGUGGGAGAAGAAAUUGCACUGUAAAUGGACUGUUAUUCACUGAAAAUGUUUUGAGCAGUUAGCAUUCUUUAUAUGGAAACUUGCAUUACAUUAUUCUUUUAAUGAAAUAAAAGAAUAAACAUUUUAAUUGUUUUAAUUUGAUUGUUGAUUUUGUUUCUGCAGGGUAAAUUUAAUAAAUGCAACUUUUGAUCCAUGUAUAAAUAAAUGUAUGAAUAAACCAUUUGGGAAUAAGCUGUUUAUUCAUUAAAUGGUUGUGAGGUCGUGUUGCUUGAUAUUAUAAAGACCGUAACAAUAAUGUUGUAAUAUUUAGUAGGUAGUAUAUUGUGUCCUCCAGUUCGAAUUAUUUGAUGCCUCUCCCCCACAGUUAUAUAGGCUGAGAGAGAGAGAGUACAGAGUAGUUACAUUUUGCAGCAGGUCAUAACAAACUUAAUGCUUUAUUACUGCUUUUAAUCUAUGACUGACAACAAACUCAUUUCUGAUCACAGCUCUGUUCUCGUAACUUUUCAUUUUAAUUCCUAAAAUGAAAAAAAUAAUAAACCUAUCAGCAGGGUUUAUGAUAUUUACUACAUUAAGAAGUACAUUUCACAUUUUGCAUGAAAUUCAAGACUGGAAUCACCAAAUGCUAAUGUUUAGGUGUGGGCAAUAUGACUACAAUCUUAUUUUACAAUAACGAUACGUUUUCACAGGGAGGUCUAUCAGUAGUAUUCAAGUAAGAAAUACUACAGAAACUGAAUAAAGCAAUGAAAUGUAAAAUAAAAUAGACUUCACUGUAUGACACAUACAGUGAUUCCUGUUAAAUUUACUGAAGUUAUUUAGUCAUAUGAGUGUGUGAGUGAUUUUUCUUUUUGUCUUUUGUUGUUUGAUUAACAUUAAUGGCACAGACAGCAGCAGGUUUAUUAGACUGCUACGACCUAAUGCACAGAUCCAAUCAGGGGUGGAUUUAGUGAUUUGGGGGCCCUAGGCAAAACAUAAGAAUGCGGUCUUCAUUUCAGUUUUUUAACACUGAUAUUAAAAUUUUCAGCAUAUGUUAUUUCGCAUUAUCAAUAUCAAUCAUUGGGGUGGACUAGGACCAAAAAGUGGCCC